GCUGUAGCCAAUGAGAACAGAGCUUCCUUGAUUGGCUAACGCAGCCUCACCGCAGCUGCGUGCUUCUGCAGGCCUGGAGAACGACUAUAACACUGAGGGGACAAGCAAUGAAUUCAUUAGAGCAAGCCGAAGACCUGAAGGCUUUUGAAAGGAGACUGACAGAGUAUGUGUCUUGUUUACAGCCAGCCACAGGCCGUUGGCGCAUGAUUCUGAUUGUUGUAUCUGUGUGCACAGCCACCGGAGCCUGGAAUUGGCUGAUAGAUCCAGACACUCAGAAAGUUUCUUUCUUCUCAUCUUUAUGGAAUCAUCCAUUUUUCACAAUCAGCUGUGUGACCCUCAUCGCAUUAUUCUUUGCUGGAAUACAUAAACGAGUUGUGGCUCCAUCAAUUAUUGCUGCUCGCUGCCGGACAGUACUAGCAGAAUAUAACAUGUCGUGUGAUGAUACGGGAAAACUUAUUCUGAAGCCGCGGCCUCAUAUCCAAUAGCACUUUGGAAGAGAGAGGAGUGAAGAGUAUAUCAUAUCAUAUAUAAUAUUAAUUACUGAGAUUGCACACGGGCCUCAGUGCAAGAAGAUUAUCCAAAGUGUAUGGGAGUUGAUCUCACACACAAUUCCCACUGCAAUUUAUAAAGGAACAAUGGCAACUCAAGGAAAUGCCCCUCUUGAAGAAGACCAGUGUUUCUGCAAUUUUAGAUAACAUCUCUCAUACUAUACUUCUUAUUUUUCUUUUGAAAAAUCUUGAGUUUUAUUUGAUUGUGGAUUUUGAUAUCCUCAUUUGUAAUGCCAUGGUCUUAUUUUAGAUGAAUAUGGUAUUUGUAUUUUAAGCAAAUUGCUGAACACAUAAAUAAAUAUUAAAGUGUAGAUAACUAUUCACUUUACAAUGACUUAAAUACGCAAUGUUUUUUUAGAAUGUCAUGCCUAUGACUUGCUGCUUUUGUUGUUUUUAAAAGACUUUUAUGCGACCAAAGGCUGCACCAGUUGUUUAACAUUAAAGGGAAAUGGGCAAACGCGUCUUAGUUUGGUCUCGUGGUUGACCAAGGUUUUAUUUACUUCACUAAGUGACUUGUGUUGGCGAUAAUAAAAAGGUUUGUUGAACGAA